CCGCUCCCCGCCCUCUUCCCGGCCCGGGGCGCCGGCCCACCCUUCCCUCCGCCGCCCCCCGGCCGCGGGGAGGACAUGGCCGCGCACAGGCCGGUGGAAUGGGUCCAGGCCGUGGUCAGCCGCUUCGACGAGCAGCUUCCAAUAAAAACAGGACAACAGAACACACAUACCAAAGUCAGUACUGAGCACAACAAGGAAUGUCUAAUCAAUAUUUCCAAAUACAAGUUUUCUUUGGUUAUAAGCGGCCUCACUACUAUCUUAAAGAAUGUUAACAAUAUGAGAAUAUUUGGAGAAGCUGCUGAAAAAAAUUUAUAUCUCUCUCAGUUGAUUAUAUUGGAUACACUGGAAAAAUGUCUUGCUGGGCAACCAAAGGACACAAUGAGAUUAGAUGAAACGAUGCUGGUCAAACAGUUGCUGCCAGAAAUCUGCCAUUUUCUUCACACCUGUCGUGAAGGAAACCAGCAUGCAGCUGAACUUCGGAAUUCUGCCUCUGGAGUUUUAUUUUCUCUCAGCUGCAACAACUUCAAUGCAGUCUUUAGUCGCAUUUCUACCAGGUUACAGGAAUUAACUGUUUGUUCAGAAGACAAUGUUGAUGUCCAUGAUAUAGAAUUGUUACAGUAUAUAAAUGUGGAUUGUGCAAAGUUAAAACGACUCCUGAAGGAAACCGCAUUUAAAUUUAAAGCCCUAAAGAAGGUUGCACAGUUAGCAGUUAUAAAUAGCCUGGAAAAGGCAUUUUGGAACUGGGUAGAAAAUUAUCCAGAUGAAUUUACAAAACUGUACCAGAUUCCACAGACUGAUAUGGCUGAAUGUGCAGAAAAGCUAUUUGACUUGGUGGAUGGCUUUGCUGAAAGCACCAAACGCAAAGCAGCAGUUUGGCCACUACAAAUCAUUCUCCUUAUCUUGUGUCCAGAAAUAAUCCAGGAUAUAUCCAAGGAUGUGGUUGAUGAAAAUAACAUGAAUAAGAAGUUGUUUCUGGACAGUCUACGAAAAGCCCUUGCUGGCCAUGGAGGAAGUAGGCAGCUGACAGAAAGUGCUGCAAUUGCCUGUGUCAAACUGUGUAAAGCAAGUACUUACAUCAAUUGGGAAGAUAACUCUGUCAUUUUCCUACUAGUUCAGUCCAUGGUGGUUGAUCUUAAGAACCUGCUUUUUAAUCCAAGUAAGCCAUUCUCAAGAGGCAGUCAGCCUGCAGAUGUGGAUCUAAUGAUUGACUGCCUUGUUUCUUGCUUUCGUAUAAGCCCUCACAACAACCAACACUUUAAGAUCUGCCUGGCUCAGAAUUCACCUUCUACAUUUCACUAUGUGCUGGUAAAUUCACUCCAUCGAAUCAUCACCAAUAGCACUUUCAAGCAUGGACUUGGCACUGCUUCGGCAUUGGAUUGGUGGCCUAAGAUUGAUGCUGUGUAUUGUCACUCAGUUGAACUUCGAAAUAUGUUUGGUGAGACACUUCAUAAAGCAGUGCAAGGUUGCGGAGCACACCCAGCAAUACGAAUGGCACCGAUGCCAACCAGUCACUGUUUUGCAUGGCAGUGGGCUUCUGUGGCUAGUCUUACAUUUAAAGAAAAAGUAACAAGCCUUAAAUUUAAAGAAAAACCUACAGACCUGGAGACAAGAAGCUAUAAGUAUCUUCUCUUGUCCAUGGUGAAACUAAUUCAUGCAGAUCCAAAGCUCUUGCUUUGUAAUCCAAGAAAACAAGGACCUGAAACCCAAGGCAGUACAGCAGAAUUAAUUACAGGGCUUGUCCAACUAGUCCCUCAGUCGCACAUGCCAGAGAUCGCUCAGGAAGCAAUGGAGGCUCUGCUGGUUCUUCAUCAGUUAGAUAGCAUUGACUUGUGGAAUCCUGAUGCUCCUGUAGAAACAUUUUGGGAGAUUAGCUCACAAAUGCUUUUUUACAUCUGCAAGAAAUUAACUAGUCAUCAAAUGCUUAGUAGCACAGAAAUUCUCAAGUGGUUGCGGGAAAUUUUGAUCUGCAGGAAUAAAUUUCUUCUUAAAAAUAAGCAGGCAGAUAGAAGUUCCUGUCACUUUCUGCUUUUUUAUGGGGUAGGAUGUGAUAUCCCUUCUAGUGGAAAUACCAGUCAAAUGUCCAUGGAUCAUGAAGAGUUACUCCGUACUCCUGGGGCCUCUCUCCGGAAAGGAAAAGGGAACUCCUCUAUGGAUAGUACAGCAGGAUGCAGUGGAACCCCACCAAUUUGUCGACAAGCCCAGACCAAACUGGAAGUGGCCUUGUACAUGUUUCUUUGGAACCCUGACACUGAAGCUGUUCUGGUUGCCAUGUCUUGUUUUCGCCAUCUCUGCGAGGAAGCAGAUAUCCGGUGUGGUGUGGAUGAAGUGUCAGUGCAUAACCUCUUGCCCAACUAUAACACAUUCAUGGAGUUUUCCUCUGUCAGCAAUAUGAUGUCAACAGGAAGAGCAGCACUUCAGAAAAGAGUAAUGGCACUACUGAGGCGCAUUGAGCAUCCCACUGCAGGAAACACUGAGGCUUGGGAAGAUACACAUGCAAAAUGGGAACAAGCAACAAAACUAAUACUUAACUAUCCAAAAGCCAAAAUGGAAGAUGGCCAGGCUGCUGAAAGCCUUCACAAGACCAUUGUUAAGAGGCGAAUGUCCCAUGUGAGUGGAGGAGGAUCCAUAGAUUUGUCUGACACAGACUCCCUACAGGAAUGGAUCAACAUGACUGGCUUCCUUUGUGCCCUUGGGGGAGUGUGCCUCCAGCAGAGAAGCAAUUCUGGCCUGGCAACCUAUAGCCCACCCAUGGGCCCAGUCAGUGAACGUAAGGGUUCCAUGAUUUCAGUGAUGUCCUCAGAGGGAAACACAGAUACACCUGUCAGCAAAUUUAUGGAUCGGCUGUUGUCCUUGAUGGUGUGUAACCAUGAGAAAGUGGGUCUUCAGAUACGGACCAAUGUUAAGGAUCUGGUGGGCCUAGAAUUGAGUCCUGCUCUUUAUCCAAUGCUAUUUAACAAAUUGAAGAAUACCAUCAGCAAGUUUUUUGACGCCCAAGGACAGGUUUUAUUGACUGAUACCAAUACUCAAUUUGUAGAGCAAACCAUAGCUAUAAUGAAGAACUUGCUAGAUAAUCAUACUGAAGGCAGCUCUGAACAUCUAGGGCAAGCUAGCAUUGAAACAAUGAUGUUAAAUCUGGUCAGAUAUGUUCGUGUGCUUGGGAAUAUGGUCCAUGCAAUUCAAAUAAAAACGAAACUGUGUCAGUUAGUUGAAGUAAUGAUGGCAAGGAGAGAUGACCUCUCAUUUUGCCAAGAGAUGAAAUUUAGGAAUAAGAUGGUAGAAUACCUGACAGAUUGGGUUAUGGGAACAUCAAACCAAGCAGCAGAUGAUGAUGUAAAAUGUCUUACAAGAGAUUUGGACCAGGCAAGCAUGGAAGCAGUAGUUUCACUUCUAGCUGGUCUCCCACUGCAGCCUGAGGAAGGAGACGGUGUGGAAUUAAUGGAAGCCAAAUCACAGUUAUUUCUUAAAUACUUCACAUUAUUUAUGAACCUUUUGAAUGACUGCAGUGAAGUUGAAGAUGAAAAUGCACAAACAGGUGGCAGGAAACGUGGCAUGUCUCGGAGGCUGGCAUCACUGAGGCAUUGUACAGUCCUUGCAAUGUCAAAUUUACUCAAUGCCAAUGUAGACAGUGGUCUCAUGCACUCCAUAGGUUUAGGUUACCACAAGGAUCUUCAGACAAGAGCUACGUUUAUGGAAGUUCUGACAAAAAUCCUUCAACAAGGCACAGAAUUUGACACACUUGCAGAAACAGUAUUAGCUGAUCGGUUUGAGAGAUUGGUGGAACUGGUCACAAUGAUGGGUGAUCAAGGAGAGCUCCCUAUAGCUAUGGCUCUGGCCAAUGUGGUUCCUUGUUCUCAGUGGGAUGAACUAGCUCGAGUUCUGGUUACUCUGUUUGAUUCUCGGCAUUUACUCUACCAGCUGCUCUGGAACAUGUUUUCUAAAGAGGUAGAAUUGGCAGACUCCAUGCAGACUCUCUUCCGAGGCAACAGCUUGGCCAGUAAAAUAAUGACGUUCUGUUUCAAGGUAUAUGGUGCUACCUAUCUACAAAAACUCCUGGAUCCUUUAUUACGAAUUGUGAUCACAUCCUCUGAUUGGCAACAUGUUAGCUUUGAAGUGGAUCCUACCAGGUUAGAACCAUCAGAGAGCCUUGAGGAAAACCAGCGAAACCUCCUUCAGAUGACUGAAAAGUUCUUCCAUGCCAUCAUCAGUUCCUCCUCAGAAUUCCCCCCUCAACUUCGAAGUGUGUGCCACUGUUUAUACCAGGCAACUUGCCACUCCCUACUGAAUAAAGCUACAGUAAAAGAAAAAAAGGAAAACAAAAAAUCAGUGGUUAGCCAACGUUUCCCUCAGAACAGCAUUGGUGCAGUAGGAAGUGCCAUGUUCCUCAGAUUUAUCAAUCCUGCCAUUGUCUCACCGUAUGAAGCAGGGAUUUUAGAUAAAAAGCCACCACCUAGAAUCGAAAGGGGCUUGAAGUUAAUGUCAAAGAUACUUCAGAGUAUAGCCAAUCAUGUUCUCUUCACCAAAGAAGAGCACAUGCGGCCUUUCAAUGAUUUUGUGAAAAGCAACUUUGAUGCAGCACGAAGGUUUUUCCUUGAUAUAGCAUCUGAUUGUCCUACAAGUGAUGCAGUAAAUCAUAGUCUUUCCUUCAUCAGUGAUGGCAAUGUGCUUGCUUUACAUCGUCUACUUUGGAACAAUCAGGAGAAAAUUGGCCAGUAUCUUUCCAGCAACAGGGAUCAUAAAGCUGUUGGAAGACGACCUUUUGAUAAGAUGGCAACACUUCUUGCAUACCUGGGUCCUCCAGAGCACAAACCUGUGGCAGAUACACACUGGUCCAGCCUUAACCUUACCAGUUCAAAGUUUGAGGAAUUUAUGACUAGGCAUCAGGUACAUGAAAAAGAAGAGUUCAAGGCUUUGAAAACGUUAAGUAUUUUCUACCAAGCUGGGACUUCCAAAGCUGGGAAUCCUAUUUUUUAUUAUGUUGCACGGAGGUUCAAAACUGGUCAAAUCAAUGGUGAUUUGCUGAUAUACCACGUCUUACUGACUUUAAAGCCAUAUUAUGCAAAGCCAUAUGAAAUUGUAGUAGACCUUACCCAUACCGGGCCUAGCAAUCGCUUUAAAACAGACUUUCUUUCUAAGUGGUUUGUUGUUUUUCCUGGCUUUGCUUACGACAAUGUCUCCGCAGUCUAUGUCUAUAACUGUAACUCCUGGGUCAGGGAGUAUACCAAGUAUCAUGAGCGGCUGCUGACUGGCCUCAAAGGUAGCAAAAGGCUUGUUUUUAUAGACUGUCCUGGGAAACUGGCUGAGCACAUAGAACAUGAACAACAGAAACUACCUGCUGCCACCUUGGCUUUAGAAGAGGACCUGAAGGUAUUCCACAAUGCUCUCAAGCUAGCUCACAAAGACACCAAAGUUUCUAUUAAAGUUGGUUCUACUGCUGUCCAAGUAACCUCAGCAGAGCGAACAAAAGUCCUAGGACAAUCAGUCUUUCUAAAUGAUAUCUAUUAUGCUUCGGAAAUUGAAGAAAUCUGCCUAGUAGAUGAGAACCAGUUCACCUUAACCAUUGCAAACCAGGGCACACCGCUCACCUUCAUGCACCAGGAGUGUGAAGCCAUUGUCCAGUCUAUCAUUCAUAUCCGUACCCGCUGGGAACUGUCACAGCCCGACUCUAUCCCCCAACACACCAAGAUUCGGCCAAAAGAUGUCCCUGGGACACUGCUCAAUAUUGCAUUACUUAAUUUAGGCAGUUCUGACCCAAGUUUACGGUCAGCUGCCUAUAAUCUUCUGUGUGCCUUAACUUGUACCUUUAAUUUAAAAAUCGAGGGCCAGUUACUAGAGACAUCAGGUUUAUGUAUCCCUGCCAACAAUACCCUCUUUAUUGUCUCUAUUAGUAAGACACUGGCAGCCAAUGAGCCACACCUCACAUUAGAGUUUUUGGAAGAGUGUAUUUCUGGAUUUAGCAAAUCUAGUAUUGAAUUGAAACACCUUUGUCUGGAAUACAUGACUCCAUGGCUGUCAAAUCUAGUUCGUUUUUGCAAGCAUAAUGAUGAUGCGAAACGACAAAGAGUUACUGCUAUUCUUGACAAGCUGAUAACAAUGACCAUAAAUGAAAAACAGAUGUACCCAUCUAUUCAAGCAAAAAUAUGGGGAAGCCUCGGGCAGAUUACAGAUCUGCUUGAUGUUGUACUAGACAGUUUCAUCAAAACCAGUGCAACAGGUGGCUUGGGAUCAAUUAAAGCUGAGGUGAUGGCAGAUACUGCUGUAGCUUUGGCUUCUGGAAAUGUGAAAUUGGUUUCAAGCAAGGUUAUUGGAAGGAUGUGCAAAAUAAUUGACAAGACAUGCUUAUCUCCAACUCCUACUUUAGAACAACAUCUCAUGUGGGAUGAUAUUGCUAUUUUAGCACGCUACAUGCUGAUGCUGUCCUUCAACAAUUCCCUUGAUGUGGCAGCUCAUCUUCCCUACCUCUUCCACGUUGUUACUUUCUUAGUAGCCACAGGUCCACUCUCCCUUAGAGCUUCCACACAUGGACUGGUCAUUAAUAUCAUUCACUCUCUGUGUACUUGUUCACAGCUUCAUUUCAGUGAAGAGACCAAGCAAGUUUUGAGACUCAGUCUGACAGAGUUCUCAUUACCCAAGUUUUACUUGCUGUUUGGUAUUAGCAAAGUCAAAUCAGCUGCUGUCAUUGCCUUCCGUUCCAGUUACCGGGACAGGUCAUUUUCUCCUGGCUCCUAUGAGAGGGAGACUUUUGCUUUGACAUCCUUGGAAACAGUCACAGAAGCUUUGUUGGAGAUCAUGGAGGCAUGCAUGAGAGAUAUUCCAACAUGCAAGUGGCUGGACCAGUGGACAGAACUAGCUCAAAGAUUUGCAUUCCAAUAUAAUCCAUCCCUGCAACCAAGAGCUCUUGUUGUCUUUGGCUGUAUUAGCAAACGAGUGUCUCAUGGGCAGAUAAAGCAGAUUAUCCGUAUUCUUAGCAAGGCACUUGAAAGUUGCUUAAAAGGACCCGAUACUUACAACAGUCAAGUUCUGAUAGAAGCUACAGUAAUAGCACUGACCAAAUUACAGCCACUUCUUAAUAAGGACUCCCCUCUGCACAAAGCCCUUUUUUGGGUAGCUGUGGCUGUGCUGCAGCUUGAUGAGGUCAACUUGUAUUCAGCAGGCACUGCACUUCUUGAACAAAACCUGCAUACUUUAGAUAGUCUCCGGAUAUUCAAUGACAAGAGUCCAGAGGAAGUGUUUAUGGCAAUCCGGAAUCCUCUGGAGUGGCACUGCAAGCAAAUGGAUCAUUUUGUUGGACUCAAUUUCAACUCUAACUUUAACUUUGCUCUGGUUGGACACCUUUUAAAAGGGUACAGACAUCCUUCACCUGCCAUUGUUGCAAGAACAGUCAGAAUUUUACAUACACUACUAACUCUGGUUAACAAACACAGAAAUUGUGACAAAUUUGAAGUGAAUACACAGAGCGUGGCCUACUUAGCAGCUUUGCUCACAGUGUCUGAAGAAGUUCGAAGUCGCUGCAGCCUAAAACAUAGAAAGUCACUUCUUCUUACUGAUAUUUCAAUGGAAAAUGUUCCUAUGGAUACAUAUCCCAUUCAUCAUGGUGACCCUACCUAUAGGACACUAAAGGAGAAUCAGCCAUGGUCCUCUCCCAAAGGUUCUGAAGGGUAUCUUGCAGCCACCUAUCCAACUGUUGGCCAGACCAGUCCCCGAGCCAGGAAAUCCAUGAGCUUGGACAUGGGGCAGCCUUCUCAGGCCAACACUAAGAAGUUGCUUGGAACAAGGAAGAGUUUUGAUCACUUAAUAUCAGACACAAAGGCUCCUAAAAGGCAAGAAAUGGAAUCGGGGAUCACCACACCCCCCAAAAUGAGGAGGGUAGCAGAAACUGAUUAUGAAAUGGAAACUCAGAGGAUUUCCUCAUCACAACAGCACCCACAUUUACGUAAGGUUUCAGUGUCCGAAUCAAAUGUUCUCUUGGAUGAAGAAGUACUUACUGAUCCGAAGAUCCAAGCGCUGCUUCUUACUGUUCUAGCUACACUGGUAAAAUACACCACAGAUGAGUUUGAUCAACGAAUUCUUUAUGAAUACUUAGCAGAAGCCAGUGUUGUGUUUCCCAAAGUCUUUCCUGUUGUGCAUAAUUUGUUGGACUCUAAGAUCAACACCCUGUUAUCAUUGUGCCAAGAUCCAAAUUUGUUAAAUCCGAUCCAUGGAAUUGUGCAGAGUGUGGUAUACCAUGAAGAAUCCCCACCACAAUACCAAACAUCUUACCUGCAAAGUUUUGGUUUUAAUGGCUUGUGGCGGUUUGCAGGACCCUUUUCAAAGCAAACACAAAUUCCAGACUAUGCUGAACUUAUUGUUAAGUUUCUUGAUGCCUUGAUUGACACGUACCUGCCUGGAAUUGAUGAAGAAACCAGUGAAGAAUCCCUCCUGACACCCACAUCUCCUUACCCUCCUGCAUUGCAGAGCCAGCUUAGUAUCACUGCCAACCUUAACCUCUCUAAUUCCAUGACCUCACUUGCAACUUCCCAGCAUUCCCCAGCUUCUCUGCCUUGCUCUAAAUCAGCAGUUUUCAUGCAGCUGUUCCCUCAUCAAGGAAUCGACAAGGAGAAUAUUGAACUCUCCCCUACCACUGGCCAUUGUAACAGUGGACGAACUCGCCACGGAUCCGCAAGCCAAGUGCAGAAGCAAAGAAGCGCUGGCAGUUUCAAACGUAAUAGCAUUAAGAAGAUCGUGUGAAGCUAGCUUGCUUUCUUUUUUUAAAUCAACUUAACAUGGGCUCUUCACUAGUGACCCCUUCCCUGGCCUUGCCCCAUCCCCCCAUGUUGUAAUGCUGCACUUCCUGUUUUAUAAUGAACCCAUCCGGUUUGCCAUGUUGCCAGAUGAUCAACUUUGGAAGCAUUGCCUAAAUUUAAUGCUGCCUUUUCUUUAACUUUUUUUUCUUCUACUUUUGGCGCGUAUCUGGUAUGUGUAAGUGUUCAGAACAACUGCAAAGAAAAUGGGAGGUCAGUAAACUUUAACUGAGAACAUCUCAAUUGUAAGAGAGGAUGAAUUCUUUUCUUUUUUUUUUUUUUUUUUUGAGACGGAGUUUUGCUCUUGUUACCCAGGCUGGAGUGCAAUGGCGCAAUCUCAGCUCACCGCAACCUCCACCUCCUGGGUUCAGGCAAUUCUCCCUUAGCCUCCUGAGUAGCUGGGAUUACAGGCACGCGUCCCCAUGCCCAGCUAAUUUUUUUUGUAUUUUUAGUAGAGACGGGGUUUCACCAUGUUGACCAGGAUGGUCUCGAUCUGUUGACCUCGUGAUCCACCCGCCUUGGCCUCCCAAAGUGCUGGGAUUACAGGCUUGAGCCACCGCGCCCGGCCAGAGAGGAUGAAUUCUUGAAUACUGCUACUACUGGCCAGCGAUGAAAGCCAUUUGCACAGAGCUCUGUCUUCUGUGGUUUUCCCUUCUUCAUCCUACAGAGUAAAGUGUUAGUCCUAUUUAAUACACUUUUCAAGAUAGAAGUUUAUGAGAGAAAUAAUAUUAUAACCCCAGUAUGUUUAAUCUUUUAGCUGUGGCCUUUUUUCUAACCUUACAAAACCAAACCAACCAUAGAGGUCAAGCCUCAGUGACUUGAUACCAUAAAGCCACAGACAAGGUACUUGGCGGGGGGUGGGAGGGUGGAAUUUCAUAUUUUAUAGUGGAUUCUUAAGAAAUACUAACACUUGAGUAUUAGCAAUAAUUACAGGAAAAUAAGUGUGACCAUAUAUAUCUUAACAUUACUGAAUUAAAACUAUGGCUUCUAAGUCCUUAUCCAAACUCAGUCAUCCAAACUAGCUUAUUUGUUUCUCCAGUUGAUUAUCUUUUAAUUUUUAAUUUUGCUAAAGGUGAUUUUUUGUGUGUUUUGCUUUUUGUAAACCAAAACUAUACUAAGUAUAGUAAUUAUAUAUACAUAUAUAUACAUAUAUAUGUGUGUGUGUGUGUGUGUGUGUGUGUAUAUAUAUAUAUAUAUAUGUAUAUUUUUUCCUCUUCCUCUUCUUUCCUAAAUAAUGCUGAGCAGGGUAAUCAGUGAACAAAGUAUUGAAAAUUGUUCCCAGAAAGUAAUUUUCAUAGAUGUUUGCAUUAGCUCCAUAGCAAAAUGGAAUGGUACGUGACAUUUAGGGUAGCUGAUAUUUUUAUUUUGUUAAAUAAUUUCCAAGAAUAGAGUAUGGUGUAUAUUAUCAUAAAUUUCUUUGAUAAGAUGUAUUUUGAAUGUCUUUUAAUUUUCCUCCUCCCCUCCAAAAAAUCAGAAACCUUUUAAGAAAACAGUGCUAGAAUUGCAUUUAAUCACUGUGAAAAGACUGGUCAGCCUGCAUUAGUAUGACAAUAGGGGGGCCAUUAGAGUUGCUGCUAUACUGGUGGUAUGGAUUAUCAUGGCAUUGGAAUUUUCAUAGUAAUGCAGAUCCAAUUUCUUUGUGGUACCUGCAGUGUACAAAAUAAUUUGUCUUCAGUGAGCAUAUUGGUAGCUGGAUGUUCCAAUAUAGAACCAAACCAUAUUUAUUACAAAAAGGUAUUAAUCCCAGGUUCCCUUUAUAUGUUAAGAUAUAAUGGCUUUGGGAGGGGAAAAAAGAAAUCUAGGUGAGAGGGGAGUUUCCUGUAGUGCUCUUCAUUAGAGAAUUUCAGUAAAUUAAAUUCCACAGCUAAUUCAAUAAAUAAUGGUACAUUUAAGUGUUCUGAUUUUAAUAAUAUAACACAUUUCAUAUUUAUCCACACAGUAACAAUGUAAUAUGUUAAUGUAAAUAAAAUUGUUUUUGAUACUCAGAAAUAACAAGAAUUUAAUUUUUUUUAUUUGUUUAUAGUCCUGGGAAAAGUAAGAAUUAUUUGCCAAAAUAAAAGGAAAGAAGACCUUAACAUUAUUAGUGACUUUAACAUAGAAUUGUUGGAAAUAUUGAAGAUGGGUGCAAUUUACUAAACUUUUUAACUAUUGUAGAGGCUGCAUUAGAAGAAAAUGUUUGUAAUAACAGAGCAACUAAAACUAUAAAGAAGCUAAAAUUAGAACUGAGUUUAGAAUUAGAUCAGUAACCCAGUGCCAAGGAUGCCAAGCUGCCACCGUGGUCUUGGCUCUCCCACAACCCAGUGUUUCUGGGGUAAGUUUCAAGUUUCUAGGCCGUGGAGUAGCAGGCAAUGUAAGCCUUUAAUAACUUUAGUUCAAUGUUUUUCUUCUUUUUUUUUUUUUUUUUUUGGUUGUUGGUUUGGUGCAUAUGAUGGGGGUGUUAAUGCUAUUUUGCUUUUCCCAUCAAAAUAGAGAAACUUCCAGAGGUUUACUGUUAAAAAUAUUGAUCUUUGUAUAAACAAGUUUACCAAGGUGUAGUAUUUCAUUCCUCCUGAAAUGAUCAGCGUUGCACAAAUCAAAAGUGAGCCACCUUUGAACUGCAAAAAUACUUUUGACUAGUACAUCCUAGGAAUUUGAAAACUUACUAAAGUUUAAAAUUUACCUUGUUUAAAGACUUCUGAGGAAAAUCUAGCUUUCCAAGUAACUGAAAUGUACGUGAGAUAGACCUCUCACCACUAUGUGUUCCCUGAGAAAUGCAGCACUUUUUUAGUCUUCAUUCUUUGUAAUCUAUCAAUGAAAUUCUGAAGUUUAGAGCAAGUUGCCCAUUUUUGUGUAAUUGACAUAAGUUCUGUUAAGAAUAUUAUAAGUAAUUCAUCAUCAGUUUGUGGUUGUUUCCCUGACUUUUUAAAGAGGAAAACAGGAACUCAGUCAUGUUUUUGUCCUACAUAAUCUACCCGUUAUGCCAGUACUCCCAUUCCAGCACCGUGCCCUUAGUUGCCGAGAUGGAGAUGCAGUUCACUAGCUUUGGGGCAAAGUGGCUAGAGCUCUGUCUUCUGUUCACUCAACACCUGUCCAUGACUGAGCCAGGUGCCCAGGACACAUCCUGAACAGUCAGCUUCUAUCCUGUGUCCUAGUUGGGGAGACAGAGUGUCAGCCAGCAGCACUCCCAAGUUUGUAGGUUUUAGGAGUUUUCAGUUUGUUUGGGCUUUUUGUUUUUUGGUUUUGUUUCUACAUCCUCCCCAACUCCCAGGCAUAAUGAGGCAUGUCUUACUCAAUGUUAUGCAAUGGAUUUAGACAAAAAUUCAUUCUUAGUGUCAGCCACACAAUUUUUUUUUAAUGCAGUAUAUUCACCUGUAAAUAGUUUGUGUAAAAUUUGACAGAAAAGUAUAUUUACUACACUGUAAAUACAUGUGAUGAUAUAUUGUAUUAUUUUGCUUUUUUGUAAAGCAGUUAGUUGCUGCACAUGGAUAACAACAAAAAUUUGAUUAUUCUCGUGUUAGUAUUGUUAACUUCUUCUUGCGACUGGGUUACAUCAUUUAAAGAAAAUGCUGUGUAUUGUAAACUUACAUUGUAUAUGAUAACUUACUCUUCUUUCCAUCGGGCCUAAACUUUGACAGUUCCUUUGUCUCCAACCUUGUUAAUACUGUAAGCAGUUGUACCCCAGCAGGAAAAAUACUGCCCAGCAGACAAAAUCGAUCAUUGUAGGAGAAAAUCAUAGAAAUCCAUUUCAGAUCUUUAUUGUUCCUCACCCCAUUUUCCUCCUUGUGUAUGUACUCCCCACCCCCCUUUUUUUAAGUAAAAUGUAAAUUCAAUCUGCUCUAA